AAUCAUGUAGAGCUAACUAACGGAGUAAGAUUAAUUUAAUUUAACGCCAUAAAACGGAGCAUAGACCUAAUUUAAUAAAAUUCUAAUGUGAUGAUAAAAUAUUUUUUAAGUUACUAACGAUCCAAUAGAAUCAUGUGUAUUCCACUAACCUCAGGACCUUCGAUCUACUAUCGAAGCGAGGUCUUAGAAGUUCUCACGAGGAAGUCGAGUACUGAAUACCAUACAGAAAUCCCGUAAGCUGCGCUCGUAAGGCAGCCCCAGAGAAAUUGUCCUUUUUCGCAUACGACGAACAAGUCCGAGAAAGACUGGUUUCGGCUCGAAUCACCGGAUCAGUCAACGAGGAGACUUCGAGACGAUCGCAUAUCCUGGCCUGACACAGGCCAAUCAUGGCUGUCGACUUCAAGUCGAUCCUACGCGUCGUGUUUAUCGGUUUAUCAGUGAUCAUCAUCGCGUCGAAUCGAGCCAUUGCUCGACCACAGCGCGGCGAUUUGGAAUUUCUGCCCGUAGAAAAUUACGAUUGUUCUUCCAUGAGAAAAGAUGAUUGGUCCUCCGACAAAGGAAACCGUGAAACAAGAUGUCUGGAUGAAGAGAAUACUACAUUCAACGAAACUGACUAUGAUUUAUUGAUCGAUAACGAUGGCAGAGGAUUCUCUUUUGUAAAUAUCGUUGAAUCAGUGUUUUUUGCGGUAGCUAAUGGAAUCGACUCCAUCAUGACUACUAUUAUCGGUACAGAGAAAAAUUUCAAACCGCGGUCGUCCAGAGUUAGUUACAAAAAUUAUCAAUUGAUCAGAUUGUACCCAAGUUCACAAGGGCACGUGAACGAUCUGAAAGAUCUUAAAGAAACUGAGCCUGAAGAUGUUAAGUUUUGGAUCGAACCAAUGUACAACAAGACAACAGACGUGGUUAUCGCGCCAGAUCUUGUCUCUGACGUGAAAAUAUUCUUUAGAAACAAAGGGAUCGAUUUCAAAGUGCUGAUGCCGGACCUUCAGAAAAUAAUAGCGUAUCAGAAUCCAAAAAUGACAAAGGAGCAACGCGAAGAUCUUGUCAUGACUAAUGGCCACAGUAUGACUUGGAAACGGUAUCAUCGAUAUGGAGAAAUCGUUAAGUAUUUGGAAUAUUUAGCCUUGAGUUAUCCAACCCUGGCCGAAGUGAUAACUAUAGGACAUAGUUAUGAAAACCAACCUAUCAAAAUGAUAAAAAUUUCAACCGGACCGAAUAAAGAAGGCGAAGCCAAACCGGCUGUUUGGAUAGACGCCGGUAUGCACGCACGCGAAUGGAUCGGCUCCGCCGUGGCGACCUACAUCAUCAGCCAGUUGGUCGAGAAAAACUCGAGCUACGCUAAAUUGCUCGACAAUUCGGACUGGAUGAUCUUACCGGUCGCAAAUCCGGAUGGCUAUGAGUUCACUCACACUGGCGACAGAUUAUGGAGGAAGACGAGAAGUAAUCAUGCAGAAAAUCAAGAUGACAGUCGGUUUCUUCAGCUAGUGAACCAUUAUACAGGGUGGUUAUGGGGCAAAUGCGAGGGUGUCGACCCGAAUAGAAACUUUGACUACCAUUGGGGUGAAAUGGAAGAGGGUGGGGCGAGCUUGGACCCUUGCCACGAAACUUACGCCGGACCGCGCGCGUUCUCCGAACCGGAAACGAAGGCAAUGGCCGAUUAUAUCUUGGCUAACAAACAAAAUAUUAGGAUUUAUCUAACGUUGCACUCGUACUCACAAAUGUGGCUAGUGCCAUGGGGAUAUACGUACUCAAAACCGUCCGAUUAUUCCGAAUUAGCAAACGUAGCUAAAAAAGCGAUAGGAGCCAUUUCGAAAAUACACGGGACCGAUUAUCAACUUGGUACAUCGGCACAUCUGUUAUAUCCAACCUCAGGUGCUUCUGACGAUUGGGCCAAGGGAGUAGCCGGAAUAAAAUACGCCUACACGUUAGAGCUUCGAGAUCGCGGCACGUAUGGGUUUCUACUUCCGGCGUCACAGAUCGUGCCAACUGCUCGUGAGAUUUGGGCAGGAAUAAGAACGAUCGCCCGUCUAAUCACUUGCAACACAUGAAAUCGAUCUCUAUUAUCAAUUGAGUACUUCAACGCAAAAUUGUUAAUUAUCGUGUCUUAUCGGCGCAAUGAUUUUGACGACUCUCGAUAUCGAGGAAUGAAUCUAUCUCGUGUGACAGUGAUAAUUUGGAUUGAUAAGCGUGGAAUCGAUCGAAACCGACGAUAAUAGCAAUUUAUUUUCUGUUACGAAAUUAUCAAAUGUGUACAUAGUUUGUCACCGGGAAUAUUAAAAUGCUAUUCAGAAUUCUGUAACCUACUGACAGAAUUUUAUUAUUCACUGCAUGUACCAGCUUUACUAAAUAUUCCAGCGCAGAUAAUCGUAUUAAAUUCUAAUAAGUGAUAUGUAAAUAUUGUAAAGUAUACGCAAAGUAUAUAGAAAUAUAAGAGUUUAGUAAGAUGUAAAAGGAAGUGAAUGGACGAAUAAAUGAAUUUAAAAAAGACAAA